UAUAUGAUUCAGGUAUAUACCUAAAAUACCUAAAUUUAUCCUUGUCCAUGUGUGCACACCUCUGUCACCCGUGUCACCUGGCAUUCCUUGACUGCACAAGGCCAUCACACCUGUCACCUGUAAUCUGCAUAAACCUUCCUGCACAAGGCUGUCACCCCUGUCACCCGGCAUUCACAACAAUGUUUGUGUCAUCAACGUCAGCGUCACCACCCGGCAUUCACAACAAUGUUUGUGUCACCAAUGCCACCAAUGUCAAGCAGCAUUCACACAAGCCUGCACGCUUUGUUGUCACGCAGCAUUCACACAUGUGUACCCAAUUUGUCAGAUCUGUCACCUGGCAUCCACACAAGCCUGCGCGCAAUGUUGUCACCCCUGUCACCCACCAUGCGAAGGUGUUCAUCGAGGGGAAGGGAUGGAUGCGAGCAAGGCAUGCAGGACCAGAAGUCGAACAGCACCUUGAUGGUUUCAAGACUGCAUCACCAACUGUCAUGGUCGAUAGUAGUACUAACACCUGGUGUGGAGGGCAGUCAUCAGUUAUCCUCACAUACUCGGAGGCCCAGGUGGAGGAAAUGAUUGCCAAGGGGCAAAUCAUGGACAUUGGUUCAGGGGGAUUUGGCUACACCUACAAGAGCAGUACCUUCGCGGGCGAAAUUGUCAUGAAGAGGUUCAAGCACAACCCCCAGCAUACAGCCAUCCAACAGGCGAUCGCUAUGAAUUUGAGCAUCGGCAUGCAGUUGUUGAGCUGCAACCUCUUGCCCCUCCGAGGGGUUGUGCGGGGAAACGUGAUGGACACGGUUGGGCUGGUGUGGGACUUCAUGCCAGGUGGAACACUUGGCGAUAUGCUAUCGGCAAAGGAUGCUAGUCUGUCGGAAAUGCUUGGCUAUGUUGCGGAUGCUGCACUGGGAUGCCAUAGCCUCCACAGAGCUGGCUUCGUCCACCGUGAUGUAAAGCCCGACAACAUCCUGAUAGACAACUCCGGGGGUGAGGCUGGUCAUGCCCGUCUUGCCGAUUAUGAUCUGGCGAUUUUUGCCAAUAUGGAUUCCGGCCAGGUUGGUACCCCCGGUUUCAGGCCACCAGAGGGCAACACAUCAGGAUCCAAACACACAAAGGCCUUCGAUUUCUAUUCCUUCGGCGUCACGCUAAUGUCGGUUCUGUUCCGUACUAAAAAACCGGACGAGUGGGUGUACAAGCUACACAGUAAGAGCAGCAACCCAGUCGCUGUCAUCCUGACCUUGACAAGUGGCAUCCGUGCAGCCCACCCAAAUGGCCUGCCGCCCAGCGCCAGCAUCGAAAACCUGCUGGGUCUUGCGACUUCUGCAACCAGGAGUGAGCAAACGGCUCGGCUAAUGCCCCCUGGCAUGAAGAGGGAGGACAUCCAGCGGGAGUGCAACCUUGGCCACUUUGCAGAUGUAAUCAGGCGUGAAAUCGACACCAGGAGGUGA